AUGGCACAUGCUAAGUUCGUGGUGCCCGCGAAUUUAACGCUUCGGCAAACACUCACUUUGCUGUAUUCAAUCGUUAAAAGUCAAUUCGAGAAUUGCCAAGAGAACAUUCAAUCGGCAGGAAAUGACAAGACGCUACUCGGAAAACUACCUAAAGCGCUUUCUCACGUUCUGUCCUAUCUAGGGGACGGUCUAGUUCAGGUGGAAAACAGCUAUAAAGUGAAAGAUGUUCUUUACUUGAAAGACCCUGACGUGGGAGACAUCAUCCGUGAUCUGCGAAUCCUGGAACAUGACAUAAAGAAGACCCGCACUUCGAUGGAGAAGCAGGUUGAGUCAGAGAGCACCGGCGGUCGAUCAGAGUCUCCUUCUGCUCAUUCCAAUAGCCAUUUUUCGCUUUCAGGUCUGCUGAAAAAGACCAAAAUAUCAAGCAAGAAAGAAGAGAUGAGAAAGAAUCAGGAGCUUCGAAAGGCCAAGGAAGUCGAGGAACUGAAAAAAUUGAAGAAAGAGGAACAAGAACGGUUGUGUCGGGAAAAAGAAGCACGGGACAAAAUGCUGGAGGAAGAACAAGCGCGAAUGCUGGAACAGACUGUGAAGCGCCAAGUGGAACGAGAAAUGGCAAACAGAGCAAGUCGUGAACAACAAACUGCGGCUGUUCAGAAGGAGAGAAAAGCUCAGUCGGCGGCGUUUGAAAAGCCCAAGUUACCUUAUGAGCGUACGUCACUGGAGGUGAGAAGGUCUCCACGCCGCUCGGCAGACGAACUACGAAGACGCAGUCUCGACGGAGGUGCCAGAGCCAAAAAUGCCGCCUUUGUAGCACAUAGUCGCCAGGCGUCAGAAACUAACCUUUCGUACUCUGGUGGUGUCAACCGCGCUGCCCAACUUGCAUGGUCUCAGAUGAAUACCGCUCAGGAGCAAGUCGCCAAACCACUCAUUAUAUCGGAUAAGGGUCAGCCCAUGUCUCCUAAGCCCAGGUAUGAGUACGUAAAGCCGACCAUUAAAAGGCCCACGAUUAAAGUACCGGGGAAAAAUGCCUUUCACCGCAAACCUAGUGGUGCCAAUGAAAGAGAAACUAGAGUUCGUUCGCCAAAGUCUCCAGUCCCCGCGCAUUCCCGCUCCUUUUCGCCCGACGUCAAGUCGCCAAAGUCAAUGACUCCAGAAGUCGAACUGUCACCGCAGGAAAAACGAGUUGUCGAGGUUAUGCAGACAUUGGAAGGAGUUGACGAAGAGGCCUGCCAACACAUCACAAACGAGAUUCUCGUAUAUGGGGAAAAAGUUUACUGGGAUGAUAUUGUAGGUCUCAACAACGCGAAGAAUUCUUUGAAGGAGACAGUCGUAUAUCCUUUUCUGAGACCCGAUCUGUUCAGAGGACUCAGAGAACCUGUUUCUGGUAUGCUAUUGUUCGGGCCUCCAGGAACAGGCAAGAGCAUGAUUGCGAAGGCAGUUGCUACAGAAUCAAGAUCCACGUUUUUUAGUAUAAGCGCUUCAUCGCUACUUUCGAAGUACUUAGGAGAGUCUGAAAAACUGGUGCGGGCUUUAUUUUACUUGGCGAAAAGACUUUCCCCAUCGAUCAUAUUCAUAGAUGAAAUUGACUCUCUACUGACAUCGCGAUCUGAAAACGAGAAUGAGUCCUCUAGAAGAAUCAAAACAGAGGUUUUGAUUCAAUGGUCUUCGCUGCCCAAUGCAACUGCAAGAGAACGGGAAGAAGGACAUUUAGAAAGCGGUCGCGUGCUUGUAUUGGCUGCAACGAAUCUGCCUUGGGCCAUUGACGAGGCAGCACGCAGACGUUUCACCAGAAGACUACACAUACCCUUACCAGAAUUUGAAACCAGAAUUGCACAUUUGAAGAGGCUUCUCGCCCACCAAAAAAAUACGCUUACUGAACAAGACUUCCAAACAAUCGGCAAGCUCACAGAAGGGUAUUCGGGAUCUGACAUGACGGCCCUUGCCAAGGACGCGGCAAUGGAGCCUAUUCGCGAACUAGGGGACAAACUGAUAGAAGUUGAUUUCACCAAGAUUAGAGGCAUUAAUUUACAGGACUUCCAGAACGCCUUACUGACAGUCAAGAAAAGUGUGUCGCCGGAGUCCUUGUCAAAGUUUGAUGACUGGGCCCGGAGUUUUGGAAGCCACGGUGCUUGA